AUGGCACUCGGCCUCAGGGCUCAGGGUUCAAUCUCCUCCUUCGAAGAGUUGGCACAAUCUUUCAUUGACGAUUUUGCUGCUUCAAGUAUAUACGUUCACGGGUCUGACUACCUAAGCACCAUCAAGCAAGGACAACACGAGAGUUUGAAGGACUAUAUGAUGCGGUUUGCCAAAGCUACCAUGAAAAUUCCAGACUUGAGCCCAGAAGUCCAUUUGCAUCCACUCAAAAGUGGUCUCCUCCAUGGAAAGUUUCAAGAAACAAUGGUCGUUACCAAACCAAAAACAUUAGUAGAAUUUCGAGAAAAGGCCGCAGGCCAAAUGGAAACCGAAGAGCUUUGGGAGGCUCGGAGAGCUGAUAAACAGCAACCUCGUCGAGAUGAAGAAAAGCACCACAAGACCCAAAAUCAUAAAGACCACAAGAAGCCUUUUAAGCUAACACCAAAAGCAGGUUCAUAUCAGGAUCAAAAAUAUGUUGACAAAUCAAAGCACUGCGCUUUCCACCAGAAGUUUGGCCACACCACCGACGAAUGCGUAAUUGCUAAAGAUCUUUUAGAAAGGUUGGCCAGACAAGGGCAUUUGGAAAAAUCUGUAAGUGGGCGUAUACAGCAAGAGAAACAAAGUUCAACUGAUGUCCAGCCUGAGCAAAACCCAAGAGACACCUGA